ACGUAUUUCCGGCGCGACGUUUCCCCUCCACGCCGGGACUGGGUUGUGGGGGGAGGGAAGCAGUUAGUGGUCUUUAGCGCCUUUUCUGGCGGCGGUAGAUUUGAAGCGCUUUAAAGGACCGGACCCCAGGAAGAGGAGACUGGACUGGGUCAAGUCUGACUCCCAAGUUCUCCCACGUUUCCGAAGAACUGUGAGCAGCGCAGGCCUUUUAGGAGGAAUUACUCUUGGAGGAAGAGAAUUUAAGAAGGCCUGCACAAGUUAUUUAGAAGAUAAAAGAUUUUAAAAAAAGAUAAAAGAUAAUCAGGAGCAAAAAGAUUGGAUCAGUUUGUCCUUGGUUUUUCCCUAUUUAAAGAAAUUUAUGAAAAAUCUUUGCUGUUUUAAUGUGUUUGCCUGAAACUAUUUUACUCAGAUUGAAGUAUUGACGCCAUGGGAAUAAAGGUUCAGCGUCCUAGAUGUUUUUUUGACAUCGCCAUUAAUAAUCAACCUGCUGGAAGAGUUGUCUUUGAAUUAUUUUCUGAUGUGUGCCCCAAAACCUGUGAGAACUUUCGAUGUCUUUGUACAGGUGAAAAGGGGACAGGGAAAUCAACUCAGAAGCCAUUACAUUAUAAAAGUUGUCUCUUUCAUCGAGUUGUUAAAGAUUUUAUGGUUCAAGGUGGUGACUUCAGUGAAGGAAAUGGACGAGGAGGAGAAUCCAUUUAUGGAGGAUUUUUUGAAGAUGAGAGUUUUGCUGUUAAACACAAUAAAGAGUUUCUUUUGUCAAUGGCCAACAGAGGGAAGGAUACAAAUGGCUCACAGUUCUUCAUAACAACAAAACCAACUCCUCAUUUAGAUGGGCAUCAUGUGGUUUUUGGGCAAGUGAUUUCUGGUCAAGAAGUUGUGAGAGAAAUAGAAAACCAGAAAACAGAUGCAGCUAGCAAACCAUUUGCUGAAGUGCGGAUACUCAGUUGUGGAGAGCUAGUUCCAAAAUCUAAAGCUAAGAAAGAAGAAAAGAAAAGGCAUAAAUCAUCUUCUUCCUCCUCCUCAUCAUCCAGUGACUCAGAUAGCUCAAGCGAUUCUCAGUCCUCUUCUGAUUCUUCUGAUUCUGAAAGUGCUUCUGAAGAGAAAUCAAAAAAAAGAAAGAAGAAACAUAGGAAAAAUUCUCGUAAACACAAGAAAGAGAAGAAGAAGCGAAAGAAAAGCAAGAAAAGGUUGGUUUGUCAGAGGAACGAGUAUUUUCCCCGUGUAACUGCAUCUUUGGUCAGCAGUUGGGGACCGGAUGAUAGAUGGAUAGUAUAUUUACAAAGGAAAGAAAGACCAACAAUUGGAAAAUUGAGGUGGGUACAUAAUAACCAAAUGGAACUUGUUUGUGUAUUUCUGUUAAGCGCAUCUAGUGAAAGUGAGGCUGAAAAUCUUGAAGCACAACCCCAGUCUACUGUCCGUCCAGAAGAAAUCCCUCCAAUACCUGAAAACAGAUUCCUAAUGAGAAAAAGUCCUCCAAAAGCUGAUGAAAAGGAAAGGAAGAACAGGGAGAGAGAGAGAGAAUGUAAUCUACCUAACUCCCAGCCUCCUUCAUACCAGAGAAGACUUUUAGUUACUAGGUCUGGCAGGAAAAUUAAAGGAAGAGGACCAAGGCGUUAUCGAACUCCUUCUAGAUCCAGAUCAAGGGAUCGUUUCAGACGUAGUGAGACUCCUCCACAUUGGAGGCAGGAGAUGCAGAGAGCUCAGAGAAUGAGAGUAUCAACUGGCGAAAGAUGGAUUAAAGGGGAUAAGAGUGAGUUAAAUGAAAUAAAAGAAAAUCAAAGAAGCCCAGUUAGAGUAAAAGAGAAAAAAAUAACUGAUCAUAGGCAUGUGUCUGAGAGUCCAAACAGGAAAAGUGAAAAGGAAAAGAAAGUUAAAGACCAUAAAUCUAACAGCAAAGAAAGAGAAAUCAGAAGAAAUUCAGAAAAAGAUGAUAAAUAUAAGAACAAGGUAAAGAAAAGGGCCAAAUCAAAAAGUAGGAGUAAGAGCAAAGAGAAAUCCAAGAGUAAGGAAAGAGACCCAAAGCAUAACAGACAUGAAGAAAAGAGGGUGAAGUCAAGGAGUGAAGAAAGGGAUCAUGAGAAUGUGAAAGAAAAAGAAAAGCCUGAAUCUAAAGGAAAAGAUCAGGAGAGGAGUAGAAGUAAAGAGAAGUCUAAACAGUCAGAAUCCAAAAGCAAUGAGCACGAUCAUAAUAAAAGUAAGGACAAAGACAGACGUGCACAGUCUAGGAGUAGAGAACGUGAUAUAACUAAAGGCAAACACAGUUACAACAGUAGAACAAAGGAACGAAGCAGAAGUAGGGACAGGAGCAGAAGGGUGCGCUCUAGAAGCCAUGACCGAGAUCGCAGCAGAAGCAAGGAGUAUCAUAGAUACAAAGAACAAGAGUACAGGAGAAGAGGAAGGUCACGGAGCCGAGAGAGAAGAGCAACGCCAGGAAGAUCAAGAAGUAAAGAUAGGAGGAGAAGGAGGAGAGAUUCACGGAGCUCGGAGAGAGAAGAAAGUCAAAGCAGAAACAGGGAAAAAUACAGAAACCAAGAAAGUAGAAGUUCACACAGAAAAGAGAAUUCUGAGGGUGAGAAGAGAAUGUACUCUAAAAAUCGUGAUCAUAGUAGUUCAAAUAAUAAUAGGGAAAAAAAGGCAGACAGAGAUCAAAGUCCAUUCUCAAAAGUGAAACAAAGUAGUCAGGACAAUGAAUUAAAAUUCUCCAUUUUGAAAAAUAAGGAGGAUGAGAAGGCCAGAUCCUCAGUGGAAAAAGAAAACCAAAAAUCAAAGGGUCAAGAAAAUGACCAUGCACAUGAUAAAAAUAAAAAAUUUGAUCAUGAAUCAAGCCCUGGAACAGAUGAAGACAAAAGUGGAUGAGUGAGUUAUAUAAACUUAUUUCCAUUCUGUCUCAGAUUUUAAGUUUUAGAGACUUGCUGAUGAUCUUCCUUAUGUUGUUUUUUCUUUUCAUUGUUUUGAGGUUGUUUGUCUUUUUUUUCUCAAUGUGGACUUUAUUGAGUUGAUCUUUUGAUAAUCUGCAACCUGGAUAAUUUGUACUGCUAAAGUUUUAAUAAACUUGAAAUGAGAAAAACAGUUUGGUGUAAUACUGUGUGCUGUGUUUAACUAUUUCAUGUACGCAUUUUUGUGUUGCAACAAUCAGCCAGUAGCAAACAUGCUCUUUACCCUAAUUUGUGUGAUCGGCCAGUUGGAAAGAAGGAUAACUGAUUGUUGGAAUACAUUAUUAUAGAAGCUUGUGUUUCUCAUGAUUAAAGUAACCUUAGAAGCCACUUGGUAGAAGAGAUCUUAUAUAGAUUUUUCGAUUGCAUUUAUAAUAGAGGCUUGCAGCAGCAGCUUUUAAUUAUACAGAAGUGGGACCCUAAUAACUUGAGAUAUUAAGUCAUCACUUUUGAUUUUAUAGUAAUUUGUGCUUUAAAAUAUUUAUAUUGCACUUUCUAUGUUAUUCUUUAUAGUGCUACCAGUAGCUGGUUUCUUAUUUUUCCUGUUUUAUUUUAUCAACUGUCUGUAGAUAUAGUUGAGUAUUUUUUUUUCAGUUGAUGUACUGUUUGGGCUUGAAUUGCUUGUUAUACAGCAUCUAAUAAGAACUGUACCUUGAAGAUCAGGUUGUAAUUCUCAAUUCUGUGUUGCUUUUGGUCUGAAGAGAUGAAACUUGGUUUUGGCGAAUGUUCUGUUAUUGUCAUUGCCCUUCUCUAAAAUGAAAAAAAAAACUUUCCUCACUAAAACAUACCACUGUGCAGGUCUUUGUUAGACAAAUUCUAAAAAUUGUUGGUAUUGACACACAAACUUAUGAGAUUUCUCUUUUUGGCCACUAACCUAGAAUUGAGUGUUAACGUUGCAUGGUUGUUGGGUUUUUUUUUUUUUUAUUUGAACUGACCUCUCUAAAUCUCAUAACUGAGUUUCAACUGGCAAAAAAAUGCAUCUCUUUUAUAUAUGUAUCACAGGCUGUAGCAUGUUUAUGACUCUGAUUUCUUUCUAUUCAGGUGGCUUUAUAUCAUUACUAUUAAUCAUUAUUUUAACUUGGCAUGUAUAACAUUGCCACAUAGAGUAGAAAGUGGCAAAAUUUGAUAGCUUACAGAGUUAAACACUAAAGAUAUUCAAAGUCCAUUUAGAAGUUUGUGUAUUGUAUAUUGCUAUUUUAGUGAAGUGUGGCCUUUUAUUCUGUAAUUUCUCUUCUAAAUAGAAUACUGAACAUCCAGUAAACACAAAACCUGCCUCAUUUGAAAAGAAAUUUCAGAAUUCCAAUUAGUAGUUGCCUUUAGAGUGUUUUAUACUUUAAUAUUUGUCAAUAUAGUAUCAAAUAGCUACUUACUUUUCCCUUAUUUGAUACUUAUAGCUACUUAUUACCAGGUAGCUCCUUGGUAAACCCAGUAGCUACUCAUGCUAUUUGUACUGUGCAAAGCAAUGCUUAUUAAUAUAAUACUUCCCAUUAUUGAUUAAUACAGUAAUGAUACAUUUGGCAUUGUGGUAGCCACUUACAUAAUGAAUAGGGUGAUGAUUAUAAGAUUGUUUGGAUUAUCGUGAAACAAAUAUCCAUAUCAGGGUCUUACUGAAUCAUUUUCCUAAUGAUAAAAGUAAUAGAUGUUUGUGAUAAUCCAGGGUGAUUGACUCCCUAGAGAUUUUGAUCCACAAACCUUAGAGAUAAUUGAGUCCUGAGUCCCCAAGCUGUAUAAUGUGUUAUAUAUUUUAAAUUAGUUUUUGCUUGUCUUAAAUUCAGUGAACUGCAUUUAAAAAGUCUUUGUUAUAAACUAUUUGAGCUUCAAGAAAGGUGCUGUUUAAGAAAGGAUUUCUAAUAGUAACAACAAAAAAAGAAAAUUCAUGCUAUUUAAAAAUUACUUGUAUGUUAUCUGAUCCCAGAACUUUAUCUACUAAGAAUUACAGAUAAGUAACCAUGGGGGGAAAACUAGUAAUUACUUUAAUAUGCUAUUUUGGUUAUCAAAGAAGCAAUUCCAUGCUAAGCAUUAUUUCUAGACCUAUAAAAACUGUUAGCUGUUUUUACAGUGAGGUAUGGUGAAGGGGUUGAAGUGAAAGAUGACAAUCAGCUAGAUUUUAUUUUCAGAAUGUAAAUAACAUUUAGAAAAUUAUCAAACAGCAUUAACCAUACAUCUGCUUUUGCAUCUGAAUACUGCACUGAUCAAGUAAUUCUUUCAUUACCUUUUUAAUAGUUGUGCAACCCUUACUUUUUACUUUGAACAACUCUUUUCCUAAAAGUCAACUAUUUGUUUCCUGCCAAAUUGAUACUAUAGUUACUUUGAGGUAAAUUGUAAACUCAAACAUCUUUAAGCGGAUUUAAAUCCAUUUAAAGAUUUGUAGUUUGUUUUUAUUGCCUGAUUGGCAAUACCUGAGAAAUGAGAAAUUUUUUAAGAUUAUUUCCUGUGAAUUCUUUUUCUGUGUAAAUCAUCUGCCACAGAAUUGACACUGCAGAGAGAUUAAUGUUAAUGAGCUUGUAGGGAAGAUACCAGGUUGCUUUAAAACAUUUAAAAACUACUCCAUAGUUAAGAGAGUUCAUAGAUCAUGAUAGUUUCUAAGUUUCUUAAUCAGAUCCCUCACAGAAAUUUCAAAGAAUUUGUCUUAUAAAAAUAUAUCUUUGCACAAAUGUAAUAUUAACUCACCUGAGCUUUGCCUAAUGGCCUUUGAUUCUUGUGCCCAGUAGAAAAUAUGAAACUGAAAAGUAAAAAUUUCUUUAAUAUUGGGGAUAGGAAUACAUUGGUGUUCUGGUAUUUUGAGUAAUAAUAUUACUUGGCAGUUCUAAUUUGUUUUCAAGUUAGUGAGUGAAACAAAUUAGUAUAGUUUUUAGUAGUUGAUUUUGCUUUACUAUUGGUGGCAGGUUUUUUUUUGUAAUCACACUUUGAACUUUUAUAGUAGAUGUCUAUAGAAACUUGUUCCCUUUACCUUCAAUAGAAGGUACUUUAAAUAUACACCAUAUUGUUGUUACAGAGAAACAUGAAAUGGGCUGUUUUUCUGUCUCCUUUUGGUUGUAUAUACUGUAAUUGUUCAGUUUGGUAUUCCUACAUUUACUGUUGAAUAGACUCCCCAAGAGUAGUAGGUUUUAAUCUGUUUAUUGUGAAAAGAUCUGUUUUGCUACAAAUUCUUGUUUAAAAAAUAAACUCCAGAAGUGUAACAUUGGCUAAUAGUGACUUCCCAAUUGUCUUUAAAGGAUUGAGGCAAAUGUAAAUUCUGGCCUGUGUUGUGACACAAGUAAAUAUGAAAGGAAAAGAAAAAUCACAAAUUUAUAGAAAUUUCAUCAGGAAGAUUGAAUAAGGGAGUUGUUGACGGCUUUUGUUUGUUUUUAUGUACGGGGGCGGGGGGUGGGGGGGAUGGUGGAACUGAUUUGUGUGUUUCCCCACCACCACCUUUUUUGCAAGCAAAUAACCUAUGUUUACCAAAAGCACAUGCUGUAUAUUUUGUUUCCCCCUUUGUGUGUUUAUAGUAUUUUGAAGGAUAAAUUAAUUGGGUAUUUGUAUGUGAGGAUGUUAAAAGCUGUGGCUGCUUUCUUUGUGGAAGGGAAAAACAAAUGAGGUUAAAAUGCACUUCUUUUCCUAGCUCAAAAGUCACUGUGAUGUAUAUUUUUUUAAUGAAAUUUAGGAAUAAAACUUGUUGCAGUUGUAUAAUUAGUUUCAAAAUGCUGCUUCUCUUAUCAUUAGUCUAGUAACUGUUAAACUGUUUUAUGCAAACUGCAUUUUACAGAAUUUAAACUGAAACUGUAUCAACUUUUAUAGUUAAACAUUGUAUUAAAUAAACUAUACUAUCAAAUGGUUUGUUUUGUAUUUUUUAAAUUAUUGAUUGUAUUAGUUUAUUUGGACUUUUAUUUCAUUAUUAGCUUUUAAUAAAAAUAAUCAUUUAAUAUUUUUAUUUUACCCAUAAGGAUACAGAAAUUGUAUUGGGGAAAAACUGAGCAGAGUUUUAACAGUGCUGAACUUCUUUUAAGAAUUGAGCCGGCAGUGACAGUUUCUGGUUUAGGGAUAAGUUUUAGUGUAAUUGUUUAAUCAUAAUGCUUCACGUUGCAAGGUGUCUUUUGCCUCAGCAAACUUUUAAGGUUAUACAUGGAAUUACUAUCUACUGGAAUGCUACCAUUUGCUUUUUAAUUCCUCCAAAUUUCUCAGCAGUGGGAACAUUGUAUUAUAUCCUGUGCCUGCUAGUUUUAAUAUAACACUUACCAUUAUAAAGCCAUAUAAACGUUAACUAAGUUUUAUAAAACAUACUGUCUAGUUGUUGUUUUUUUAAUUUAAAUUAGACAUCUUUAGGGAAAAUGAACCUAGUUAACUUGAGAGUCACUGAACAUAUAUAUGCUUAAAUAAAAACAUUUUGACCAUUCAGUGAUUUAUAUGUGUUAGUAGGUGAAUAUUAUUAAAUUCUCAAAUUCUGGAGUGUUUUUAAAUGUUUUAUUAAGCCAGGAGAAUAUGUAAAAUGUGAGUGUGUCAUAUGGGCUGUACAGAUUUAUGUAUUAAAAUACUUUUAGUUUCAA